AUGGGCAUACUAGGGCAUAUCUACUUCCCACACCACUGGACUUGUUAUCCCACAUACUUGAUGAGGCGGGGGAGCAGUAGCGGCAUAUGCCUGUAUUCUGCUGCCGUGAAGCCAAUGGACCACCACGACCUUUCAGACACUCUCGACUGGUUUCUUCAACCACGCGGGAUGCAGCCUGAUGUAUUAGAAAGAGGAGCCUAUGACAAGGCACGUAGAAUAGCUUCAAGCUGGCUUUGCGAGACUCAGGGGCCUUCUAAGACAAACUGCUGCGAUCCUGAGUCAAGCAGUUGA